UCACGGCUCCGCUCGCAGGUGACGUCACCUGUCCCGCAGCCCGUCGACGUCGACGGCGUGGGCCCCGAGCACGGCGCUCCGGCAAAAGCAGGCGGCCACGGCGCGGACGGCGGGUCGGCGCAUGCGCAGUGGCCGCGCCAGUCGUGGAGUGCGGCUGACCGCGGAGGGUGUGCUCUCGGCGAAAGCUCCUCUGAUGAGCUUGGAAUGGGUGCGAGAAGGGAAGAGUGCAGCUUGGUACUCAUAAACUGGUCGCCGCUCGUGCCGACGCGGCACAUUGUGGUGACGUGCGCCGCCAUCCUCUUCAUCUGCAUCGGGUCAGUGUCACCCCUAGAGGUCACAGAUCGUCAGGGGCGCAUAGGGGAGCCGCUCAACUGCUACUCGUGCCACUCACAGACCACUGGUGAGGCCUGUAAGGACGGCACUCUCAUCCAGAACAAGACCGAGUGGCAGGCCCAGUGCUCCGCCAAGCACACAGCCUGCAUGGUCAGGGUCUACAAAUCAUCGAGCACUGUGAAUAAGUCGGAAGCGCACACCAGCAUCUGGUCCGUUGAACGCGCAUGCGCGGAAGAGUGCGAACCAGACUGUUUAACUAUCGGCGAACGCACCAAGAUCAUAUCAUGUAUAUCUUGCUGCACCGAGGACCUGUGCAACUAUGCAGAUGGUGCAGCCACCUGGCGACAAAUUACUCAAGCUUUACUUUGGGUGGCAAUGACGAUAGCGCUCGUGUUGCAAUAUGACGCGCGUGGUGGCUGCUGAGCAGGUUAAGUGCAAUGAACAGACGGGUGCUCUCUGUGCCGCGCGUCAGUGGACGAUGAUUCGUGCUUCGAACACGCCCAGUGUACUGUGAAUAAUUGCGUGGUCUGAGUCUCGUCUUUUGUGACGAAGCGCUCUAACCUAUGCAAGCAAGAGCCUCGAAAUGUAGAGACUUGCGCGCCGCCCAGUUGCGUUGCGGUUCUGUCUGUUGCGCUCUUGUGGUGUGCUCCUGUGACGCGCUCUUUCCCGUUGCGCUGUUUUGUCGUUUGCUUCGUGCCAUAUUGGCGGCGGCAAAACAGCCUUCAAAACGUUGGGAGCCGGAACGGUUUCUGAUCUGGCUUUUACCACGAGACGUUGUACAUGGCUACUGCUGAAUUUUCGUAAAGCUGGGGAGGGGGGACACUGUUUACCUCCCUCUGUUCCCAUGCCGCUGCAUCGCGAUCAUGUUUUUUGUGGAUAUAUAUAUAUAUAUAUA